GUUAAACCUCACAGAAGAAGAAUUUUUUUGGACAGGCGUCAUUAGGGUAACUAGGGGUCCUUCAAUCUGUCCAAAACCAGGAACGUGAAUCGAUAGGUCAGGAUGGGUCGCUCUUCCAAAGACAAGCGGGACAUUUAUUACCGUCUUGCCAAAGAGGAGGGCUGGAGAGCCAGGAGCGCCUUCAAGCUGCUGCAGCUGGAUGAGGAGUUCAACCUGUUCAAAGGGGUGAACAGAGUGGUGGAUCUCUGUGCAGCACCAGGCAGCUGGAGUCAAGUCCUCAGCCGAAAACUCAGGGGGCGAGAGGAGAUGGGUGAGGAGGUGAAGAUUGUGGCGGUGGACCUGCAGGCCAUGGCUCCUCUGCCAGGAGUCACUCAGAUUCAGGGAGACAUCACGAAGGUGUCGACGGCCCAGGAGAUAAUUCGUCACUUCGAGGGGCGACCGGCGGACCUGGUGGUGUGCGAUGGAGCUCCAGACGUAACGGGACUUCACGACGUGGACGAGUACAUCCAAGCUCAGCUCCUGUUGGCCGCUCUGAACAUCACCACCCACGUCCUCAAACCUGGAGGAACCUUUGUGGCCAAGAUCUUCCGUGGUAAAGACGUGACGCUGCUGUACUCUCAGCUGAAGAUCUUCUUCAGCUGUGUGACCUGUGCCAAACCUCGCAGCAGCAGAAACUCCAGCAUCGAGGCCUUUGUGGUGUGUCAGAAUUACUCACCUCCUGAGGGUUAUGUCCCCAACAUGUCCAACCCUCUGCUGGACCAGUCCUAUGAUGUGGACUUCAACCAGAUAGAGGGUCCAAACCGUAUCAUCGUUCCUUUUUUGGCAUGUGGUGAUCUAAGCGCCUUUGACUCGGACAGAACCUACCCCCUGCAGCUUGACGAUGGUAAACAGUACCAGUACACUCCUCCAACGCAGCCACCCAUACACCCUCCCUACCAGGAGGCCUGUCACCUCCGCAAAAACAACCUCUUGUCCAGAGAAGACGCUGCACCAGUCUGUUCCAGUCAGAACCGAGACGAAGGUGAGCAGUCAGCUGAGUCUAGCAGACCGCUCUGACUGCUCAGGAUUAGUCUGAGAAAAGAAGAAAGACCUGGAAACUGAAGGCAGCUCUUGGACUGUGUGAAGAGUCUGGUUUUGUCCAGCAGGGGGACGGGGACGGGACACGUGUUCAGAACUGGUGGUUUUUCAAGCAGAUGGACAUGUUUUUAUUAGUUUGACUCUUGUGGGUUUCAUCCAUUGAUAAAGAACUUGUUUGAAAAAUAAAACUCUUUUAAUCAGA